UUCAAAACAAACAACACGUACUGCAUACGAAUCGCCGCGUACGCAAACAAACCGUGCUUGGCGAAACAAUUGUGCAAAGAACCACACUAAAUAAGCAUCGUGCUUCAGAAAUAAUGAAACGGAAAAGCAUACAGCGUGCGUGAUGGAAACGAACACCGUGCAGACGGUCACGCUCACGAACAGUAUUAUCGGCGUGGGCAUCCUUUCUAUGCCCUUUUGCUUCCAGAGGUGCGGGAUUGUGCUGUCAAUAGUGCUUCUACUGCUUAGCAGCUAUGUUACCCGGUUGGUGUGUAGCUACAUGGUUAAAUCGGCCAUCAUUUCGAGACGCAAAAACUUCGAACAAAUAGCGUUUUAUGCGUUCGGCUCUGCGGGGAAGCUACUCGUAGAGCUAUGCGUCGUUGGCUACCUGUUGGGCACGUGCAUUGCCUACUUCGUCGUGGUCGGUGACCUUGGCCCUCAAAUCACGGCGAAAAUACUGUCCAUGCGCGAAAGCGAUGGGCUUCGAACGUGGGUUAUGAUAGCCGUCACUAUCGUAUGCAUCAUUCCGCUAGGUAUGCUGCGAAACGUGGACAGUUUGGCGUCCGUUUGUACCGCUUCGCUAGGGUUCUACCUUUGCCUGGUGCUGAAGGUGAUUUCGGAAUCGAGCAUAAAGUUUCACUCCGGCUGGUUCGACCGACUGGACCUGUGGAACUGGGGCGGAAUAUUGCAGUGUAUGCCGAUUUUUACCAUGGCCCUGUCCUGCCAGAUGCAAAUAUUUGAAGUGUACGCUACGAUGCCCACCACCUCGCUGGAUAAGAUGAGUCGCGUCAUCCGACAGUCGACCAACAUCUGCACGAUGAUCUACGUGGCGAUCGGAUUCUUCGGGUACGUCGCGUUCAACGGGCACCGGUUUUCCGGUAACAUUCUGGUCGAUUUUACCCCAUCGUUUGCGAGCGAUAUCAUCAAGAUGGGCUUUGUGCUGUCGGUUGCGUUCAGCUUUCCGCUUGCGAUCUUCCCCUGCCGGGUGAGCCUGUACUCGCUGCUGUACAAGCGUGCGUCCGACGGGCACAUGUACAUACCGGAGUCCAAGUUUCGGCCGCUAACGAUAGCGAUCGUGGUCGUGGCGCUUGUGUUCGGUUUGCUCAUACCGUCGAUCGAGGUGGUGAUUGGGCUGGUCGGCUCCACGAUCGGUGUGGCAAUAUGCUUGAUCAUACCGGCCGCCUGCUACAUGACGAUUUGCAAAACCAACAUUAGCGAAAAGCAGCUCGCCCAGGUGAUGAUUGCCUUUGGGUUCAUCAUCAUGGUGCUGGGAACGUACGCCAAUUUGCAGGCGAUCGAUCGUACGCCGGAGCGGCAUGAGCAUGAGCCAACCGUUGUGCCGGCAGCGCUGGAAAAGCUCGUGGGGAAGCCACCGGCUCCGCUGGUACCCGAAAAACUGGCAAACGAUCUAAAACCGCAAGCACCGGCCCCACCGCCCGUGCUACCGGUGGAAUCGGUAACGGAGAAGGUAAUACCAAAGAUAGAGCUACCGGUAGAGGCUGCUGUAAAGGAAAACCCGGAACAGCCAAGUAUUGUUGAGACGGAAGUCAAAAAACCCCUGCCAGAGGGUAAACGAGCCGAUGGAGCCAAUAUCGAACCAAACGCCGUAGAGGAACAGCACAAAGAUCCCCCGGUAGCGAUCAAUAAUGAGGCGAUACUGAAGGAAGAGCACGAAAUAGCGGUGGAGGAGAAGGAAAAAAUUGCGAAGGAAAUUACCGAGCUGAAGAAUGCCAAAAAGGUACUCCAAGCCGAGGUGGAAAACAUCAAGGAAGAGCUGGUGAAGAAAAACAAAGAAACGGAACAAUUGGUGCUAAAGAAACUGGACGAGAUUGUGGUGAAAAUAGCCGAGAAAAAGGUUAGCAUCGAUUCGCAGGAGGUGGGCAAAAAGGUGGAAGGCGGUGAUGGUGCUGCUGCUCCAUCGAAAGACGUUCUUCCCGAACCCGAUGCAAGCGGAAAGAGGGACUACGGCGCAAAGAUUCCGAACGAUCCGAUCGUGAAGCUACUGAAAGCUGGCGGAAACAACAAAACUAUCCUUCAAGCGGGACGAGAUGCUGCAGCAAACGGUACGGUGGAUAGAGAGCGGAACGUUCCCUCACCGGACGUCGAUCGGUUGCCGGUCGAGGGUGCAGGGGCCGGCGAGAUACCCGCCGAACAAGCGACCGAAACACUCGCUAAGCAAGAGCAGAAUGGUAGUGACAGUAAGCCACCAGCAGCUCCGGUAGCAGUAGCGGAUAGCGAAAAUGAAGCCACACAAAAUCGGGCAGUCGCGCCGAAAGUGGAUGCAAAUGGAAAGGUCACCCGUGUGCCCGAACCGAGCGAGGCGAGCGAAACGAAACAGCAACAACAGCCACCGGAUGGUGAGAUCAAGGAGGAGGAAAACGUCCCACUACCACCGUUACCGGUGGAGGUACCGGUCGAUGUUGCACCGGCCGAUGUUGCACCGGCCGCUGAGAAACAGCAGCCCCGCAAGCCGGUGGAUACGGCGGCUGAGGAAGCAAAGGCAGGAAAGCGCGAUCUGUUGGCAAUGCGCUUGAAGCGCGACGUGGUGAACUCCACUGCGGGCGGGGAGGAAAACUGCCCGAAACGCAUCACAUCCGUAACCGGGGAUGCAGCGGAUCGGGAUGGAAAGAUAGCCAAUCUCUACUAAAGGCUCGUCCGGACAUCGGACAAAAAGGAGUUUGGAGACACUGGGUGGAUUACGGUGGGUGUGUGUCAGACUGAACAAUGACUGUGCAAUACAGGCAUGCGGGGAGACGAUCUGGCUUAGGAGUGGUUAGUUUUUGGAGAUCUUUUUACCCUGGGGGAAUUGUAGUAGUUAAAUCUUGAAAGUAUCUAUUCCAGAGUUUAUGAGAUAUUUGAGUGUUGUUAGCAUAUAAUUGACGCGGGGCGAGUGAUGUGAAAAUAAACUAAUUGGUUUCAAUGAAA